AUGAUAGCAAUACCAAAACGUACUGUUUUUUUAUUUUCGGAAAAAGUAUUUUUCUCUAUCAAAGUAACAUGGCCCGACCUGGGCCAGACCUUAGAGCCGUUAAAUCAAUGCGUCAACUAUGAUGAUCGUCUAUGCGUGAAUUGCACACUCCGUCAUGAAAACUCGUCGUCGUCGUUUCAGACUUAUUCAUUCGUGAAUUUUCUCUCUAUCAGCAUGCUUCCAACCGGCUUUUUUACUUUAAACUGUUCAAACAAGGCUUUGCAGAUUGAAAAACUUUUUGGCUUCAGCAGGCCGGAGGAGGAAGAUGGCUACAGUCUAUCUUGUUCCGACCUGAAAAUUGAUAUUCGUAUCUUCAUGAAACCUUUAAAGGUCUGUGAAGUUGUGCUGAAGGAUAAAAGCAUGCUCGGAGAGAGUAAUGUUAAAUUGCCGGUACGUGGCAGAAUUUCCAAACCUAUUUUCCUUAAGAUUUUGUCGUUUGAAAUCAUAAAUCGUUCAUUUAAACUGUUUUAUCAGAUUCAUUUGGAUGACGUAGAAAAGCUGAUCUUUCUCAAUUUAAUUGAUAUAUAA